CCUUUGCCUUUUGGUGUUUUCCUCCUUAAAGGAUUUUGCUUUCAAGGGUGAGAGUGGGAAGAGAGGCCGGAAUGGAUUUGCUGGGCCUGCAGGACCAUCAGGAUCCCCAGGAAAAGAGGGGAUUCCUGGGACACCUGGGCCCAAAGGCAACAAGGGAGAAAUUGGGGUUGGAGCUGCUGGUCCAAGAGGUCCCCGCGGAUUGCCUGGUUCUCAAGGUGACGAGGGGAUCAUGGGAGUCCAGGGCCCCAUUGGUAUGAUGGGUCUAAAAGGUCCUCCAGGUGUGAAAGGCGAAAGAGGUGAUCGGGGACUUCAGGGACCCAAGGGAGAAAGAGGUGAGCCCAUGACUGGUUUUGGACCCCAAGGCUAUAAAGGCAGUAAAGGAGAUCCUGGUGAACAAGGCUUGCCAGGUUUUGAUGGAGACAAAGGCGAGAAGGGAGAGGAUGGACCUGUAGGAGAAAAGGGAAUCAGAGGUGAAGCUGGCUCCAAGGGAGUCAUGGGGCUUUUUGGAACAAGAGGACCAGUGGGACAGAAGGGGGAGCCGGGAGAACCAGGCCUGCUGGGCUCUGCCGGUACAGCAGGCCUCAAUGGGAGGAACGGAAUCAAGGGAGCCAAAGGUGACAGAGGUCUUCAGGGACAGAAGGGGAAGCCAGGAGAAAAAGGUGAUCCUGGGAUCGCUGGUGACAUUGGGCGGAAAGGAACAAAGGGCUUACGAGGGCUGCCAGGACGUAUUGGUGCUCCAGGAGCCAAGGGCAUCAAGGGAGAAAUUGGCAGUCCUGGAAAACCAGGAAUCCCAGGAUCAGACGGACCAUAUGGACCAAAGGGUGAACAAGGAGCACCAGGUGAUGACGGUGCCUUUGGGAUUCCUGGGGAGAAAGGAGAAAAGGGGUCAAAGGGAGUUCCUGGUUUGGGAGGCUUCAAAGGACAAAUGGGAUGGCCUGGAAAGGCCGGAGCUGCGGGACCAGAUGGACCUCAAGGGCCCCAGGGCAAACCAGGGCCACAGGGUCCACGAGGGAGAAGAGGAAGACCUCAGCUCUGCCUCAGAGGUCCUCCAGGCAUGGACGGUCAAAAAGGAGUAAUGGGUGAAAAUGGUCCAGCUGGCCAGAAAGGAGAAAAAGGAGAUCCUGGUCUUUCUGAGGAAGACGUGAAGGAGGUGGUCAGGAGCGAAAUGAGAGGCCAAUGUGAUUGUGGAGAUGAGCUGGGAAGGAUGCUUGUGGAAAGGGGCCUGGAAGCAACUGAACUCAAGAGGCAGCUCCAAUGGCAUUUUCAGCCUCAAAAACACCCUGGAAGGGAUGGUGAAAACCAGGAAGAAAUGCCCAACAAAACCCAGAGCAUGACCACAUGGAUGACGUCAUCAGAGUCCUUCCUGGAGACACCUUCUCUUACAACAGCAGCUUCCACUGUGCAGUCAAUAACAGGUCUUUCUCUGCACAAGCGCCGAGAAGUUCACAAUCAAUUACCAGCCUCCUGCCUACAGCCAAUGGACGAGGGCUCCUGCCGACACUACACCCUGCGCUGGUACUUCCACCCAGCAGCAAACGCCUGUCGACCCUUCAUCUUCGGCGGGUGCCAAGGGAACAGCAAUCGCUUUGAAACCAAGAAGAAGUGCGAACGGCGGUGCAAAACCUCCGCAGCACCAGUCAGAGGGAGGUGAUUAGCCUCAAUUGCUGUGCAUAAAUCAAAGAUAAACGAAGCUGCAAGAAGUUUCUCUGGGACAUCUUGGAGGCUCAACAAGCAAGACAAACCAUUUAACAUGAAGAAGAAAAAGACGUUGGAAAUAAAGAUGUUGGAAUACUUGUAAUGAUGAUCAGGAAACAUAGUGGUAUGAAGAGAGGGAAUUAUCUGAGUGCUCAGGAAAGCCCAGAGGCUCACAACUGUACCCUUUGCUCUGCAGCAUGACUGUGCAAAUCCAGGUGACGCCUACCCUUGAGUUUAUUUUUGUAAAAUAAAAGUGUGUUAAUGCU